CCCACCCACCCAUCCAAUUCUUGUUCUUCACACCCUGGCUAGCACAAAGCAGUUAAUUGAACUAGAGAGACCUGUUUGUCAGCUGGCAGUGCCGACUGACUGACUGUCUUCACUUUGCCCAUCGUCUCCAAUUUGAAUGAAUAAAAGCAUACAGUCGUCGCCGGGCUUCGCUCAGUUGCACCUGAGAAAAUGCGAAGAUCGUUUGCGCUGCUAGUCAUUACGUGCUGCGCCGGUGCUGCGCUGGCAUGCAAUCAACCCAUUAGACAUUACAUCUCGAUGGGAUGUACGCCCAGCGCUCAGCGAAAUGCCGAAGGAUGUCCGGUGAGCUACGACUGUCCAAACGUGGUGGGUCGAAGAUCCGACAAGUGUUACCUGUUUGGGAAGAGCUACGCGAUUGGAGAGAAGGUUCCGGAUGAUGAGACUUCAUCGAUUUGUACAGCCUUGGUGAACUGCGUUGAAGACGUGGACAAGUCGGUCAAGUUUAUCUACGCCCACGUGGAUUGUGCCGAAUUCUUCCGACCGUGGAAAGAGGGUUGCAUCCGGCAGUACGCAGCAGGUCGGUGCUGUUCCACCGGGGAAGUUUGUGACGCGGACAAGGAUAAGCUGGCCAAGUGCAGCUUAGGAGGUCAUACGUACUACGAAGGGGAAAAGAUGCAAGUACCUGGAGAUCCGUGUCGGUCUUGCUACUGCGAUGCAGGUUUCGAUGAGAAGAACUUGGAAGGAAGCUGCGUUGAGCAAAAGUGCAGCUUUGAGAUCUACGCCGUGGAGAAGCUGCAAGCUGGAGCGGCUCCUGUCUACAAGGAUGGAAUCUGCUGUCCAUGGGAUUGGAGAAUGCCUUCUGAAUCUGCGAAAAUUGUCCGAGGAAGUUCGAGCGGUUCCCAAGGGCAAUGCAAGUUUGGAGAUUUAACGUUGAACGUUGGAGAUUCGCUGGAACCGUUGCAGGAUCCUCAAGGAACGCAUCAAUGUGAAUGUGCUAUCCCGCCACUGGUGCACUGUAAGCUGGUUUGACGGUUGAAAAAUAGAAACAACCUUUGCUCUUUCAAAUAUUUAUUGAUACUGAAAACAUUUAGUUGAAAUAAAUAAUGCUACGCGUGUCAAUCUCUAAGUAA